AUGUCUUACUGCCAAAGAUUAGGGCCUGAGGGCAAAGAUAUAGUUAUUUUUGCCACUCCAGAGGACCAUAAGAUACCAAGUAGUGUCACUCUACCCGAACCUGAUCCCCAACCAGGGUUGAUUCUUCCAAACGGUGACAUCAAUUGGAAUUGUCCAUGUUUAGGUGGGAUGGCGACUGGGCCCUGUGGGGUUGAGUUUAGGAAUGCAUUUAGUUGUUUUCAUUAUUCUGAAGCGGAACCUAAAGGUAGCGAUUGCUAUGAACUAUUUAAAACAAUGCAAAAUUGCAUGCAAAAAUAUCCCACUUUAUAUAACAAAGAUUUAGCCGACGAUGACGACUUUAGUUCUAUGGAUUCAGAUAAAAAGGAAUCAGUUGAAAAGAGCGCAGCCCCAAUUUCUGAUAACGCUGCAAAGUCAGACAAAAAAUCAUAAGAACUUAAAAUGUAAUUAGUUUUUGUUACAGUUAGGGGACAAUCUUUGCUAAUUUGUCUAGUUUUUUUCUAAUUGUUACAUGAAUGUUACUACACAAUUGUAACGUUUGAAAGAAUUUUUUUUAAAUAAAUUUAUUUUGUAUUAAAUUUC